CCUGCCUCCCCCCCAAAAGCCAUCGCGGAGCUUCAGUUUCCAUCCAGAUGCUGGAGCAGGAGGCAGCCCCGCCCGGGCACAGCAGGGCACUCUUCGCAUGGGCAGAGGAACCCUGGAGGCGGAUGCCCAGCGGAGAAACGGGGAGUCCCGGCUGGGAAGGCGGAGAGGGGAAGGGAGGGGGGAGCUUCUGAGGCUGCUAAGGGGCGGGGCUGUAAGGCGGGGGCGGAGCCCAGGAGGAGAGUAGAAACCCCGCCCCCGCCCCUCUCCUCCCACUCGCUGGAUCUCCGUUUCUCUCCGCGUGUCUCACUACGCCCUGGGAGGAUCGGCGCUGGAUCCCUCGGGAGAGGCUUUUGGAUCCCGCUCGGGGCAGGUCUGGCUGCUCCCUCUCCGGCCUUUGGGGCGCCCCUCCCGCCAGGAGAGCUUCCCCCCCCCGCCAGGAGACAGGAGACCAGUGAGGAUGUGGCCGUGAGCGCCACAGAAGAAAAGGGGCGUCCUUGGAUCGGGACCCACAGACUUUUGGCCCAGACUCUGUUCUACAGAAUUUGAAAAUCAUGGCCCAGUUGGAGAAUCAGCUUCCUGCACAAACCAGCUUUGUUGGUUUCUUUGCUUGAUUGUCUUUUCCAAGAUUUUCCCAGGUAUUGAGAAAACCAUCCCAUGACAAUGGAUCGUGUAGGGAAGAACGUUAAGAAAAGAAAAUAUUGUGGGGAUUUUUCAGAGUAUGAAGCUUCAUAUUUGGUGGCACUCAGAAUCGCCAGAGUUAUGACACCUUACACCAUUGGUGAGGAUUUACUGUUGCCAGCGGCCAAAGACCUUGUUCGAACUAUGAUCGGAGACGAAUUUGUGAUGAAAUUGAGUGCAAUUUCCUUAUCUAACGACACUGUCCGCAGAAGAAUAGAUGACAUGUCUGCUGAUAUUCUUGAUCAGGUGAUCCAAGAAAUUAAAUCUGCUCCACUUCCAAUAUUUAGUAUCCAGCUUGAUGAAUCUACAGACGUUGCAAACUGUUCACAGUUACUGGUUUACGUGAGGUAUAUUAAUGAUGGCGACUUUAAAGAUGAGUUUCUUUUUUGCAAACCUCUUGAAACGACAACUACUGCACGUGAUGUAUUUGACACAGUUGGUUCAUUUCUGAAAGAGCAUAAGAUCUCUUGGGAAAAGGUUUGUGGUGUUUGCACAGAUGGUGCUCCAGCUAUGCUUGGAUGUCGAUCUGGAUUUCAGCGUUUGGUACUGAAUGAGUCACCAAAAGUCAUCGGAACUCACUGUAUGAUUCAUCGGCAAAUAUUAGCAACAAAGACGCUGCCACAAGAGUUACAAGAAGUAAUGAAAAGCGUCAUAAGUUCUGUCAAUUUUGUAAAGGCGAGCAGUUUAAACAGUCCACUGUUUUCGCAACUGUGCAACGAGUUGGAUGCGCCGAACAAUGCUCUGCUAUUUCACACUGAAGAGAGAUGGUUGUCGAGAGGAAAAGUUUUAAAACGUGUUUUUGAGCUUCGCGAUGAACUCAAAACGUUUUUUAAUCAGAAAGCAAGACCGCAGUUCGAAGCACUUUUCAGCGAUAAAAGUGAACUGCAGAAAAUAGCUUACUUGGUUGACAUCUUUGCCAUCUUGAAUGAGUUAAAUUUAUCACUGCAAGGACCAAAUGCAACGUGCUUCGAUUUGUCUGAAAAGAUCCGAUCAUUCCAAAUGAAACUUCAGCUUUGGCAAACAAAAUUGGAUGAAAAUAAAAUGUACAUGUUGCCUACCUUAUCUGCUUUCUUUGAGGAACAUGACAUUGAACCAGACGAAAGGAUUACGAUGAUCAUUUCUGUGAAAGAACACUUGCACGUGCUUGCAGACGAAAUUUCAUCGUACUUUCCAAAUCUACCCGACACCCCCUUUGCACUUGCCAGCAGCCCAUUCACAGUCGAAGUUGAAAAUGUUCCUGAGACAGCACAAGAGGAGUUCAUUGAACUUAUUAACAGCGAUGCAGCGAGAACUGAUUUCUCUACAAUGCCAGUUACAAAAUUCUGGAUCAAGUGUUUGCAGUCAUAUCCUGUUCUGUCUGAGACUGUGUUGCGCCUUCUUCUUCCAUUUCCAACAACAUACCUUUGUGAAACAGGGUUUUCCAGCUUGUUGGUUAUCAAGUCUAACUACAGAAGUAGACUUGUUGUGGAAGAGGAUCUUCGUUGUGCUCUUGCAAAGACUGCCCCGAGAAUUUCAGAUCUGGUGAGAAAGAAGCAAUCUCAACCUUCGCACUGACGUUGGCUUUUUACGCA